CCGUAUCAUUUCAUUAAAUAUGACUUUCUCUUAAAUUCGAUUAUGCAUGCUUUGUUUAUAUUUAAAGCUUUGCACGAACAUUUUCCAUGCAGAUGAAAAUGAAAGGGAGCUUGAGUCACCUGUUGAUUGUUACAGUUUCUUUAUGGGUUAAGGUAUCAACCGCAAAUGAUGCACUAAAAUUAAAAAAACUAAAUGAAGAUCUAAUCAAAGCGAUUGCUGAGGCAAAUGCUGGCACCAAGUAUGGUGUGGGAUGGGUUCCGAAUCUGGGAAAAGCUCUCGAGGAAGUCCACACUACGUCCUCAAAACGGUGUUUCAUCCUUUUGGCGCUGGUGGGGCUGUUGUUGUCUGAGAACUGCCCGAGUCCAGCAUACGAGUAUUCCUAUGAAUAUGAGUAUAGAUAUGAAACAGAUCCUUCGACAACCACAACUAAAAAACCAACUACCACUACCACCAAAAAAACCACCGCAACCACCACCACUACUACUAAAAAACGGAAAACUAAAAAACGCACCACUAAAAAAACCACCACACAAGAACCACGUGCUCCACCACCAUCCUUAACUUUAAACUUAAAUGUAUCCCUUCAUAUAUACCCGUAUCCGAUGGAUCAAAUUUUCCCACCAGGAAUGUACAAUAUGUAUGAAAAUGGAGCUUACUUCCCAUUUUGCUAUCAGCGGAAGUGCCCAUUGGAUUGCUCCCAACCCUAUUGCUAUCCGUGCGUCAUGCCCAAUUGUGAUCCUGUGUGCAUGCCCCCCAAAUGCUAUCCGCCUUGCGAUCCCCCCCACUGCCAUCUAAUGCCGAACUGCUAUGGCAGUGAUUGCCCAGAUCCCUGCAUCUACCCAGAGUGUAUUAGCGGUGACUUUUUUGGAUCGAAACUUAGAACCUGCAUCGAACCUCACUGUCCACCGCCUCUCAAAUGCAGAAAGCCGAUGUGUCCUAAGCUUAUAAAAAAGGGGAAGCUACAACGAUCCAGGAAUAAAAUAAAAUCACGUUCCGGGAGGAGGACUAAAGGUGAAAAAAUAAAGAAAAAAAGGAGAAAAAAGUCCAACUGUGCUGUCCAAAGCGCUGUAGAUUAUAGUUGGUGGGGAUGACCCUCCCUUUGGAGCUUGGUAGGACUUUACAAAAUACAUUAAACAGGAUCAUUUAUAAUCCUUUGAAAAAUUUUUUAUAUUUGACCUUAUAAUCAAAUAUAUAUUUGUCUAGAGUUU